GUUUGUUCGCCGUUCGCCGCGUGUUCGACAGCGCAGACUCCACCUGCAGGGACAUUCUGGGCAACAAAACGAGCGUACACUGUGCGUCGCCCGGGACUCGCGCGGAGUUUAGAAAGUGUACACACGGCGGUGGCGGGAGACGUGUGCACGGAGCAGGACAGAGAGGAGAUCGCGGGUUUGAUCGUUAAAAACAGCGCCAGAAUAAAGCGGAGGAGUAAAAGACGUUUUGACAGGAGGAGCAGCUGCUGGAGGGAAACGCAAAAGAUGGACGAAUUCGGAGUUUACGCGGUUUUCGGAGUGAACGGUCCGCCUCAAAGGCUGCUAAGUGCCAGUGGGUCGUGCAGGGUGUGCGCUGCAGUUCCACCAAGUGUCCAUCAGGUGGUGCUGUUUAGCUGCGGGCCCUGGGGGGAGAGGGUGGGCGUGAACGUGGAGCUGAACGACGCGGAUCGUUUCCCCAUCACCAUGGGUAAACUGACCCCUUACAACAGGUGUCUGUCAUGGGAGCAGAGGGAAGAGGAGACAUGGACAGACAGCGUCACCCUGAACAUCUCUCUGGAGGGAGGAAACUUGACAAAAGCAGACUGGUCAGAACCAGAACUCAUCCUGGCUGUGAAGGAAUACACACCAAAGGAAACCACAGCUCCCCUCGCAGCCCGAGAGCUCAACGGCAAAAGGAAAAGAGGAUGCAUGGCAGAGGAAGACAGCAAUAAGAGUAAGGUGGUGGAGAGGGAACAGGAGGAGGAGAAUGUGUGUCCAAACGGUGCCAUGGAGAAGAGAACACCGGUACGAAAAGCCCGGGGGCAAAGCAAAGGGGGGCAGAAGCUGUUCAGCAGUAGAGGAGAAGUAGCAAAGACGAAGGCGGCAGCUAAUGGAGCGGGAGAGGCGCAGGGGAUUGUGGGUAGGACGCCUCCUCAGAGCGCAGCCAGGACGAAGAGUAGGCAGGCCAAGACUCCCACACAGACUGCCGUGCUAGUGAGCCCGUCAGGCAGAUGGGGCCAGACUCUGUGUCCCAUCGACACUCAGACAGCAAUCCUGAUUGGAGGACAGGGAGCCAGGAUGCAGUUCUGCAAAGAUCCCAUGUGGAAGCUCUGCACAGAGGACUUGUCCUGGGUGGCAGCAGAGACUCUGGCCGAGGGUCCGACCCCUGAGGCCCGGAGUGGCCACACAGCCGUCUACGACCCUGACUCAAAGCGGAUCUUUGUGUUUGGAGGCUCUAAAAACAAGAAAUGGUUCAACGAUGUUCACAUCCUGGACACCCAGAGCUGGAAGUGGACAAUGGUGGAGGCUCAGGGUAAGGUUCCCCCUCUGGCCUACCACAGCUGCAGUAUGUUUCGGGGUGAACUCUUUGUGCUGGGCGGGGUGUUUCCUUGUCCAAACCCGGAGCCCGACGGCUGCAGUGACUCACUGUACAUCUUUGAUCCCAACCUCUCCAUCUGGUACCAGCCCAUUGUGACAGGCGACAAACCCUCCCCUCGCUCAGGACACUCUGCGUGUGUGAUGCAGGAGAGGAAGAUCUAUGUGUUUGGUGGAUGGGACACUCCUGUGUGCUACAAUGACAUGUAUAUGUUGGACCUUGGUCUGAUGGAGUUUUCUGCGGUGAAAACAACUGGGAAAGCCCCCUCUCCUCGCAGCUGGCAUGGCAGUGCUGUGCUUUCAGACACAAAGUUUCUGAUCCACGGUGGAUACAACGGAAACAACGCUCUCAGUGACACCUUCAUCUUCGAUAUAGACACCAACAGUUGGACAGAGGUGACGCUCCCUCAGAUGUCUGUCCCCAGGGCGGGGCACUCCCUCAUCACCAUGGAUACAGCCAGCCGCUUCUCAGACGAGGACAAAGACAUGGAUGUGGGCAUCGUCGGCAGAACUCUGCUGGUGUUUGGAGGCGGAGACAACGAGGGCAACUUCUUCUCCGACCUGUCGACCGUUGCCGUGGAGGAACUGCUUGGUGUUGUUUAAAGAGAGUGAGUCAGAGGUGAAUCCUGGCUCCCUGACUGGAUGUGAAGCUAUUUCAACAACCCCCCCCUCCCACUACCCUUUAUAAUUUAUACUCCCAUUGUUUGUCUUUUUCUUCUUUUGUUGAAUGAUCCCUUUCUUCUGUCAGUUUUUAAAUGGGAUUUAGUGUUGGGCAUUUCUUUUAAUACAGAUCUCAAAAGAUAGUGUUUCAAUAUAAAUACUUACAAAAAUUACUCAUUUAAUGCGAAACAUGAUUAAGACAUUUUCUACUUUUUAAAAACAAACUUUAGAGAAAGUGAUAUUUUUAUGAUAGGAACAUUGAUCUUUGUUUAACCUUAACCCGUUUCAGAUCAAGGAAUUUUCCCCCAUUUGUUUGUACAUAGUUUAAAGCUUCUUGAGUUCUUCCUCAGGUAAAAUAAAUGUAUAUUUUAUUUUCAUAUAUUUCUGUUUUUCAUGAGACUUUCACUUGUCCCCAUCAUUUGGAAUAUGUUGCCUCUGCAAUGCUGCAAGUGCAUAAACUGUAUUUUAUUAUGUUCAUCAUCUUCGAGCUGUUGCGUGUGAUUUAGUAAUUAUCACCACUCGUCUUAACUUAAUAAAACGUUGAAUUUCUACAA